UCAGCUUUCACUAUAGGUAAUGCUCUUUGGAAAGGGUGGAAAAAACAGUACAAACUACGGAGAAACAUAUCUAAUCAUCACGAGCCAAUCUGUGCUGCUGUUUUUCAACUUGAUUUUCCUACUUACAGUAUAGCAUUUUCUAGAAAUGUCACAGAGCAAUGUGGCAAAUAGAUGGAACAAAUUUUAAGACAGUGUGGGCAUAAUCUGAUGGGAUAUCUCUUUUGGUUUUGGUUUUCUCUUCUCAGACUUUUGAUUAUACAUCUACAAACUUCAGACAUGAUCAGAAUCAACAACACCCAAUACUUCCACUUCCUGGAGCAGGCAGAUGCCUUACGCCGCUCUGGGUCACUCUGUGAUGCUAUAAUCUCAGUUAAGAGUCAAACUUUCAGGGCUCAUCGUCUAGUACUAGCCUGUGCUAGCAGAACAUUAGCGCAGCAGCUAGCCCAUGGAGACAUAGACAGCCCUGUCCACUGCACUCUAGAGUAUUUCUCACCCCACACCUUCCAGCAAGUUCUGGACUUCACCUACACUCAAGCUCUCGAGGUCUCUGUGGAUGAUUUGCAAAUGCUGUUGAAAGCUGCACAACUUCUGGAGAUGCAGCCCCUGGAGGACCAGUGCAGGAAGCAGCUAGACACUCUUGAUUGCAGAGCAAAAGUGCAUGAAAAAAGUGAAGAAACCACUGAUGUCAAAGAAGAAAAGGAGAGCGCCGAGGGAAAAGAUCAAAAUCGAAAAGGAAGUCUAAUUCAUGAGGACAAACUGCUAAAGACAUCCUUCCCUGGGAAGGAGGCAAGCACUGCUACAGAAAACCUUUCACCUUGUACUCCUACUAAGAACCACAGCAGUCCAUCAUCCCCAAGAAAGAAGCCCAAAUUGUCCCCUAUCCCAGAACCAUUUCACAACAGAGAUAGUACUAUUGCCAAGCCUGCCACUAGCAGUUCCUCUUUCUCUUAUCCCUGGACUUUCUCUACAAACAUGUGGGACUCUGUGAGCACCUUAAGGCGGAUAGCAGAAAACUAUUCAAGCUUACUUGCAGUUCACCCCCCUAACCAGUCCUCUAUAGCAUACCCAUACUCGCUCUCCGGUCCCCAUGUGUUCCCCUUACUAGGUUCUCAUUUUCAAACCCCAGGCCAGAACCCUGUAGUGGGCUACUCAGGGUUCCACCCCCGCUAUACACAAAACAUUUACGCUGGUCCUACUCGAAUGGGUAGCAUAAUCAAACAAAGCCUGUUAAAAAGGAGAAGAUCUAGCCAGCGAGCAUUUACCAGGACUGCUCAACCUGGUGAACCAAGUUACUCCGAAGCCAGCAAAGACAGAGGUCAAGACUGCCAACACUGCAGUACUGCAGUAAGUCUCCACGAUGAUCCGGUGCUGCGAGAGUCAGUCCCCACACAAUUAGGCAAAACCUGCACAGGAUGUCGGUUCUGUGGACGAGGAGAUGUUCCACCGCAUGAAUCAGAGACCAAAGGAGACCACAGAGGAGAUAAACCCUAUCAGUGCCAACACUGCCCUAAGAAGUUUAGUCUGAAACAUCAGCUGGACACACACCACCGAGUUCACACCGGUGAAAAACCAUUCGAGUGUCGCCUCUGUGGUCAGCGCUCACGGGACUACUCAGCCAUGAUCAAGCAUCUGCGGACUCACGGCGGGGCCGCACCAUACCAGUGCACGGCGUGCCUGGAGUUUUGCAGCAGCCUGGUCGCCAUGCAGAGACACAUCAAGAGCCACGCAGUGCAGGACUUCCCCCCCGACUGGAGCAUCAAUAGCACCUACCUGUACAUCUCCCACAUCUGAGCCUCGCAAUCCAAAUGCCUCCACCAAGACAAAGUUCUCAUCAGUGUACCUGUAAUUUGCACCUCUCAUAUAAUCAUUACAUAGCCUACACAGAGCUAAGCAUAAGUUGUUUUUUUCUACAGGAUGAAUAAAGUUUGUCUGGUAAUGUUUGAAAUAUCCAAAGGGCCAUUCAACAAUGCCUACCACUAAGUGAAAUAUAGGAGCACAAAAAGGAGUGUGGCAAUAACUUGUAUGCAAACUGAAACUGUUCUGUAUUCGCCAUCAUAACUAUAGAACAGAGAAAUACAGCACUAAUUUCCAAUGACAUGUCAGAAAAGGUAUUGAAAGUGUUUACCAUGCAUUAAAGCCACAUCAACAGCUCAUCCUCAUCGAAUGACGCAGGCACCUUUUCUCUGACUUUCACAAUCACUUGACUGUUGUAUAAUCUUUGCUGUGUUUGGCUUAGGUUUACAGCUCCCCCUUGAGGAGAACCACUGGAACAAAAUAAAAAACUUCAGCUGAAAAAUGCAACACCAAGUCAAAAUGGGACCUGUGUGAGCUGUUAUAUGGACAAAAGUAUCUUUAGGUUUUUUUUUGUUUUGUUUUGUUUUUUGAGGGGGGGCUGGAAUUAUCAUAGUCUGUACAGAAAGAAAGGAGAUUCCUCCAGAAACAGCUGAGUUUGAGCUUUAGCAGUGCAUGACCAAAAGGUUAAAGGAGGCUAAAAUUAAUCAGCGAUGACUUCUGUUACCAUUGAUGGUAACUAGCUGGAUUAGAAUGAGAAUAUUAUCACAGAGCUUUUGCAGCUAUGUUGAACUAGAUAGUAACAGUAGUCCAGCGCUUUCUUUUCUGCACUGUCAGUCACUGAUGCCAGACUGACAUGACAUGGACUUACUGCAGUAAACGUAACUCAGAGUUAGGCCUGAUAGCAACUGGCACCAUACAAGUCUUAUGUAUGAAAAUAUCCCUGCAGUUGUCAUGUAUGUUUGCACACUGCUUCGUGGAAGGAGCUUCCAGUGAAGCAUUAGAGUCUGUUUCUAUCAAAAUGUAUUUGUUGA